GGGACGGCGAGAGACGUUCCUCUGUGGGGGGAGCCUCCUCCCGUUCCCGCUCCUUUGGGACUGGCGGAGAGGAGCCGGAACCGGAGCGGCCCUCUGCGAUGCCCCCUUCGGAGGGCGGGCGCCGGGAGGAAGAGCAGCGCCGGCCGAGGGAGAAGGAAGGCGUCUCCCCGGAGAUAUCCCAUGCUGUCCCGCCAUGUACAGAGGCUGGGCAGAGAGAAGAUUUUCCAUUGGAAUCUUGCUCAAAGCCUCCUCCAGAAUAGUCAAUCUUUUCAGUGCAUAAAGAGGACUAAGCAUUAUUCUUGGGCUUUUUAUCCAUACGUAAACGCUCAGGAUUGCUUUAUAAGCUGGAGACUUCCUCUGUUUUGGAACUGGCAAUUCUCCAACUUUGUGCAGAGUUGUUCCAUUCAUUUGUGUACUACAAAGAUGAAAUCUGAGGAAGAGGAGCCAUCUUUAAAACGGAGAAAAUAUAGUGAGGAUCAGGACAUUAUUUGCAGUCCUAGUGAAAUAUUGAAUACCUGUUCUUCGAAUGAAGCACCACCAUCUCCUCAACUUAGUGAAGAAAGCACACAAAAAUCAAGAGAUUUGAUCAAACGACACUGGGAAUACUUCUAUCAGCAAAGUGAAAAAAUGAAGAUCAUCGAAGAGGAGACGCAAGUCAAUCAGGAUAAUAAAUACCCAUGGGAAAAGUUUGAUUUUACUGUGAUGUCAUACAACAUCCUUUCCCAGGACUUGUUAGAAGACAACUCGCAUCUGUAUAAACACUGCCAAGGGCACAUACUCACUUGGAACUAUCGGUUUCCCAACAUACUUGCAGAGAUCAAACAGCUUGAUGCAGAUGUACUUUGUUUACAAGAGGUACAAGAAAACCAAUAUGGAACACAGAUCAAGCCAAGUUUGGAAGCCUUAGGCUAUCAUUGUGAAUACAAAAUGAGAACUGGCAGAAAACCAGAUGGCUGCGCCACUUGCUUCAAGACCUCCAAGUUCAAGCUCCUCUCAUCAAAUCCUGUAGAAUUCUUCCGCCACAACAUCCCACUCUUAGACAGAGAUAACGUGGGCCUGGUUUUGCUCUUGCAGCCUCGGUUUUAUUGCAAGACCACCACUGCCAUUUGUGUGGCCAACACACAUCUCCUCUAUAAUCCAAGACGUGGGGACAUAAAGCUCACCCAACUAGCCAUGCUACUGGCAGAAAUUACCAAUGUAGCCAUUCGAGAAGACGGGCAUUUCUGUCCCCUUGUCAUCUGUGGUGACUUCAAUUCCGUCCCUCACUCUCCACUGUACAAUUUCCUAAGGGAAGGAAAGCUGAAUUAUGAAGGACUGGCUAUAGGGAAAGUAUCUGGCCAAGAAAGGUCUCCAAGAGGUAAUAGGAUACUUACUAUCCCUAUUUGGCCUCGAAGCCUUGGCAUUUCUCAGGAUUGUGUGUAUGAAGAGCAGGAGAAGCAACGGGAAAAGGAAAAAGAGAAAGAAGAGAUUGAAGAAGAAAUUGCAAAAAAUUCAGAGGAGGUCAUAGUUGUAGCAAAAAGAUUACCCACGGACUUGCACCACAGUUUCCAGUUGUCUUCAGUCUACUCUCAUUAUUUUCCUGAAAGUGGAAUUCCAGAAGUAACAACUUGCCACUCCAGAAGCGCAGUCACUGUGGAUUACAUCUUCUAUUCUGCAACAAAAGACAGCAGAACUAAGGAAUCAGGAGCUGGAUAUGUUUUUGAUGGAGGUCUGACUCUCCUUGGUCGAUUGUCUCUGGUAUCUGAGCAAGAUCUGUGGGCAGUCAAUGGACUUCCCAACAAGACCAACUCUUCUGAUCACCUCCCACUCCUAGCUAUGUUCAGACUGGAAGAAUAACACCCAAGUCAAUAGGACUGGUCAUUUUUAUCCUCUCACCACACACAUUCAAAACAACUGGAGAGAGCAUGCCUGCUGUGUGGGUUUUUAAAAAUAUGUAUUUUGUAAAUUAUCACCAUCAUUCAGAUAUGGAAACAAAUUGUACUUUUACAUUGGAAUCCCUUUUUUAAAGAAAAUAACAGAAAGUAUUUGUGCUGUAUUUUUUUAAUAAAUACAUUUUUUUUCCUGCA